AUGAAGAGCAUCAAAGCAGGUUUGUCGGCUCCGAAAGAAGAGAGCAACGCCGCGGCAGAAAAACGAUUAUCAAAGCCUUUGCCUAUCAAACCACUGCCAACACCGCCUUCCGCGUUGAUCAUUGACGACACUUCACGAAACCACAUUACAAAGCUAAUUCUCACUUGGCUCAACAAUCUAAGCAUCCCUAUAAAGCCCUGGGCCGAGGUAUUAAACAAGAUCUCCAUCGAGAUACUCCAGAAAUUGUUCGACAGCGACAAUAGCAGCAGAGAGACCAACAAGCACAUUUGCAUAGAGAUGCUGUAUGUAAAUGCGCCCAAGGAUUCCAAAUUCCUCGCCAAUGUAAUGCAUGGACCACCCAUCCACGAUGGCGAGCAUACAAUGCACUUUCCAAUUGGCGGAACUAUUCGCAUUUACGGGUUAAAUGCAAAUGAUGAAACUUUCACAAAAACCUUAAUUGAACUGGUACAGAGUCUCGUUUACUUGACCUACAGUCUCUAUUUGGAAGCUUAUGUGAUGCGAGAUAGUCAUGUGAAAUUGGCCAUAUCAACAGCAGCUCCUAACACUCCUAAUACAGCCACAACAAUGCAAACAGCAACUGAAUCCAGCCACGCUGACAUGACUACAAAAUUGAGCUCACAUCACAUUAAAAAGACGACUGAUUCGAGCGGUCUAUUUGGCUGGCUAAAAAAACUAGCGACGAGCAGAGACUUACCGACGACUCCACCACCAUCCAUAGACAGCGAAAAGACAGUACGAAGAAAAAGUAACCCACUCGCCACUGUAAGACGAGGCCUAUCAUUGAACAAUUUGAGCAAAAAGUUGCAACAAGCAGCCGCUACAACAACAGAUGCAACAACAGUGAAUGCAUUGCCGUUUGAUUUUGAUACGAUUACAGAAGGGGAUCCUCAUCGAUUUUGCAAACUAAAAAAGAGAAUUGAAUUUGCAUUGAUCUCAUCUUCCCCUGAAUGUCACUUUCCUUACCCGAACUUGCUCAAUCGACUCGAAACAGAGGAAAAUAUGAUGAUUGAACAAAAGAGAUUGCUGAUGCUACAAGAGGAAUCAAUGGCACCAGUAGCAGACAUUGCACGACCUUUGUCUAAACAACAACAAAGACGACGAUCGUCGCUGGUAUCUUCAUUUUCACAAUCCGUGAAGAGAUCCACCAUUGUACCUGAAGCUCAGCUGCCUCAGUCGAUCACUGCCUACGUCUCUAUACGAAUUCCCACAUUGCUAGCAGACAGUCGACAUGGAUUAGAGCAUUUGCUGCUGGAUACGACAUCAUUGAAUAGCUUCAAACAGCAUCAAAGUAUCACCAUUGGAUUCACCUGUUAUCCGAUCGGAUGUCCUGACCGUCCUUGUUUGGGGCCUCUCAUGAGCAAAAUUGACUAUUUUCGUUACGAAUCACCAGUAGAUAGUACAACCACCCUAUUUCCUAGUAUUGAUCAGUCAUUAGGCCACACCAUCCGUCAUUGGUGUAACCAGAGUCAAUCUUCUUGUCAACUUCACAUUGACGAGCAGGCACAGUUUAUACCCAACCUAUUAAACAACACACCCAAUCCUCUAAACAACUCGACGCAGAGACCAGAUACCCUCCACCACGAAAAGCCAUCAGAAUCUUCCAUAUAUACACUAGCAACCCCUCUUCUCUCGUCCUCUAGGUCAUCUACUAUGCUGAAUAAUCGACAGUGCAGCAAGUUCCAUGGAUGUCAGCAGCCGUUGAUCGACCAUAUCUUUAGCUUCACACAUGGCAUUGGCAGAAUCAAUGUCUACGCAAGCACCGAGUCUACCUGUGUCAUGCGCGAAAAAGACAGGAUUGUCACUUGGCUUGUGUGCAGUGUGUGCGAUGCCAGCACUAGGCCGCUUCUGUUGAGCAAUGAAGCUGCUUCCUUUUCAUUUGCAAAAUACCUGGAACUUUUGUUUUACAGCACAAAACUAGCAUCACCUGAAUCGUUUUGUGCUCAUACGACAAGCACGCAUGCCACAAACACUAAAUCAAUUAUCAGUCGCUGCUUUCUGUACAAUGGCAUUGCAUUCAAAUUCACCUACGAAGAUGCCAAAUACUAUGAGCUUCGGGCGCCUCGUAUACAAAUUGCCCCUGAAACACUCGUCGGCGACAAACUCACCUUUGUUGCGCCCAGGGUAGGCGUGUCGACAUUAAUGGAAUGGAAACACAAAAGUGCCGAGCGAGACGUGGAUCUGUUCUUUCAAUCAAUUCGUGCGCAUUUGGAUCUAUUGAACCAUUACACUAUUGCAGAGAGCAAACGAAAGGCACGCAUCCUUGGCAAUGAGACAACUAGCGCAAAGCAGCAGCUGCAGUCAGAGUCAAGAGCACUCGAUUUGGAAAUCAAAGGUUUGAGCAAGCGAUUGGAUGCAGAUCAUCAAGCCAUGCUCUACGCUUUGUCAGAUACCAGCCUCAAUGAAUUGAACGAUUUCAGGAGAUACUUUGCGAUACAGUCUGAAUCCAUCAUUCGGUACCUGACAGACUGGCAGCAGCUCAAGUGCGAUGAAGUGACGGAUGCUUGUGGCUGGGACAGUCCUGAUUAUAUCUCACAAAAAACGGUGCACUGCUUUCCUGGCUCUUCAGUCCUUGUAAGAGAAGACGAACCCACAUCUAUUAUCGCCUACAGUCUAAGCUCAAAUGACUACAUACAAGAAAUCUUGCACGAUGAAGAUACAGCCAACCACGACAGCACGACUGCUACUACCAAUAGCAGUAGCAAGAACCCUUCUAUACCCAGUUUGUCAUCCACCAAUACAACAGAAUCCAGUAGGACGACAGCAGAACCGCCUCCACCUAUGCCCAACUCUGCAAAGAAAAAGCUGCCACAGCUACCAAACAUCAUUGACGGCUAUUAUUCGUCCAUUGAACGCAAAUACAUAUCACCAUCUACUGGAGCGACGUCAGAAACAGCCUCCUUUCGCACGAUGAUCACAGAAGUAGUAAAGUCAAGUGUUGUUGAGGUCAGCAUUAAUAACUCAAAGCGUUUGGAGGAUUUGAAAGCAAGAUUAUCCCCAUGGACAAAGAAGCAAGAGGAGACCAAGCUGGAGAAUGCUUACGAGGGUGCUGAUCUGAAGCGAGACCUGACGGAGCGUACAUUGAAGCCGCUGGCUGCUGUUCAACAACAGGAGGAGACAAGAGAAGUCAAGGUGGCAUCCUACUUUUAUGAGAAUGCGGAUCAACAGCCUGUCAAUGGCAAAAAGAUGAUUAGCCCGCACAUCAAGCACAAAUUCGUUCAUGAAGGAAUCGAGUUUACAUGCAUCAUCUAUUAUGCCAAGGAGUUCGAAAUGCUUCGUAGGCAGUGCAACAUUAAUCAAUUAAUGAUAGAAUCACUGUGUCGAUGUCAAACCUGGACAGCCAGCGGAGGCAAGAGCAAAAGCCAUUUCUACAAGACGCAAGACGAUCGAUUUGUCAUCAAGGAAAUGAUGAAUGCAUGGAACGUGGCUGAAAAGGACGCCUUUCUCAAAUUUGCGCCCAAAUACUUUGACCAUGUCAACAAGUCUGCUAACGAACCAUCUGUGCUGGCAAAGAUAUUUGGGUUCUUUACUAUCAGAAUGAAAAAUGCAGCUGACAAGAAAUCCAUACUCAACCUCGACCUUCUCGUCAUGGAGCAUUUGUUCUUUCAUCAGAACAUUAUCAGGAGAUUUGACUUCAAGGGGAUACAAGAUCGACAUGUGGAAGAGUUCCGCAAACAGCAAAAUGAUACUACAUUGUGGGACGGAGAUUGGUUAAAUGAAUACAGGACAAGAUUGCCAGUCCAUGAGCAAUCAAAAUCGACCAUGGAGCUAGCCAUCAUCAGCGACACGGAUUUCUUGUCGAGAUGCAACAUUAUGGAUUACUCAUUGCUGGUUGGUAUUGACCAAAGCAACUCGGAAAUGACAGUUGGCAUUGUUGAUUUCAUUGGUGCGUACACCUGGUAUAAGAAGUUGGAGUCUAAAAGCAAAUCAACGUUGCAACCGAGGAAAGAAGUUACCGUCGUUCCUCCAGAUCAGUACAAGCAUCGAUUCUGUAGAGAGGUAUGCGACUAUUUUGUCGCAGUGCCAGGUAAAUUUGACCUUGUCAUACCGUCGAAAUGCUUACCGAGUUUGUUGAUAUAA